AUGCCCUCGCGCAAGCCUAGCAAAUAUGGAAAUAAGUUUCGAUCUAGCGCUGCGUCGUCGCUACCGAGGCGAACGAAAACAGUCGAGUUCUCGUCGCUCCGUUCCACGGAAGCCACCUCUCAGGAUGAGAAGUUCGAAGCGAUUCGGCUGGCCAACAGCAUCGACGAGAAGCUUGGGUUCCCACGCUUCGACUCUGGAGAGAAACGAGUCGGAUGGCUGGUUAACAUGCACAGCACCUCGAUCGAAGAUCCAAGUGUCCCGGGAGGUCGUGCCGGAGUAGAUUACUACUUCCUCGAGGAUGGGGGGACCAGUUUCAAAGCCACCGUCGAAUACGAUCCGUACUUUCUCAUCACCGCGAAGAAGGGCCGCGAGGCCGAAGUGGAGGAAUGGUGUCGGCGGACGUUUGAAGGACUAGUCAAACGCGUCAAGCGCGUGGAGAAGGAAGAUCUCCAAAUGCCGAACCAUCUGCUGGGACACCGGAAAACGUUUCUUCAGCUGAGCUUUGCCAAUGUCAGCAAUCUAUUGGAAGUCCGAAGAACCCUGCUUCCACUUGCCGAGAAGAACAGAAAGAAUGUGAAUGCGAUGGAUACUUAUGCGGAGAUGGCCAGUGCGAGUGCUGGCUUCGAUAUGUUUGAUGACGAACUUCUUAAUGAGCCACGAUCUAAUGCCAAUAUAAUUGCUAGCGAUUUUAUCAUUGAUAUCCGGGAAUAUGAUGUCCCAUACCAUGUUAGAGUGUCGAUAGACAAAGAUAUUCGAAUCGGGAAAUGGUACACUGUGGAAGCAAAACACGGUGUUGUCUCGUUGACAUGUUUGGAGGAGCGACUUCAGCGAGCUGACCCUGUCGUUCUGGCCUUCGAUAUCGAGACAACAAAGCUGCCCUUGAAGUUUCCCGACUCGGUCAUCGACCAAAUUAUGAUGAUCUCAUAUAUGAUCGACGGUCAAGGAUUUUUGAUAACCAACCGGGAAAUCGUCUCUGAAGAUAUCAACGAUUUCGAAUAUACACCAAAGCCUGAAUACAGCGGACCUUUUAUCAUCUUCAACGAACCAAAUGAGAAAGCCGUUCUGGAACGGUUCUUCGGGCAUAUCAAGAUAGCGAAACCGACCGUGAUAGCAACCUACAACGGUGAUUUCUUCGACUGGCCUUUCGUUGAAGCAAGAGCGAGCAUCCUGGGAAUCGACAUGUAUACCGAGAUUGGAUUCCGCAAGAACAGCGAAGACAUCUACCAGAGUGACUAUUGCGUCCACAUGGACUGUUUUGCUUGGGUGAAUCGUGACAGUUACCUUCCACAGGGGAGUAGAGGUCUCAAGGCCGUGACUGUAGCUAAGCUCGGUUAUGACCCUGAUGAACUUGAUCCAGAGUUGAUGACACCCUAUGCCAGUGAACGCCCACAGACUCUGGCAGAAUACUCGGUCUCCGACGCCGUUGCAACUUAUUAUCUCUACAUGAAAUAUGUCCAUCCGUUCAUCUUUUCCUUGUGUACCAUUCUACCCAUCAACCCUGACGAUACCCUCCGAAAAGGAACAGGAACUCUUUGUGAGAUGUUGCUCAUGGUGCAAGCAUACCAAAAUGGAAUCGUCCUACCAAACAAACACAAAGACCCCCCGGAAGCGUUUUAUGAGGGACAUCUGUUAGAGUCGGAGACUUACGUCGGCGGCCAUGUCGAAAGUAUAGAAGCAGGCGUCUUUCGAAGCGACAUCCCAGUAGCCUUCAGCGUCGACCCGAGUGCGAUUGACGAGUUACUGCGCGAUCUUGAUGCAGCCUUGAAAUUCAGCAUCGAGGUGGAAGAAAAAAAGUCAUUGGAUGAUGUGGUCAAUUAUGAUGAAGUCAAGGGCCAGAUAUCGGAAAAGCUGCUUAAUUUGAAGGCAACCCCGAAGAGGGAUGAAAGGCCCUCGAUUUACCAUCUGGAUGUCGCUUCCAUGUAUCCGAACAUCAUGAUUACCAAUCGUCUGCAGCCGGAUUCAAUGAUUCAAGAGUCGGACUGUGCAGCUUGUGAUUUCAACCGACCUGGAAAGUCCUGUGACAGGCGGCUCCCGUGGGCAUGGCGAGGUGAAUUCCUUCCUGCCAAACGCGAUGAAUACAACAUGAUUCGCCACGCGAUUGCCAAUGAAAGAUUCCCUGGCCGAAACAAGAAUAGUCCUAUGAGAGCAUUCACAGAGUUGAGUAUCGAAGAACAGGCAGGAGUUAUCAAGAAGCGACUCCAAGACUACAGUAAGAAAAUUUACCACAAGAUCCACGAUAGCAAGACCAUCGUUCGGGAAGCAAUCAUCUGCCAGAGGGAGAACCCCUUCUACGUGGACACUGUCCGCAGCUUUCGAGAUCGACGAUACGACUUCAAGGGUAAGCAGAAAGUGUGGAAAGGCAAGACAGAAGCACUCAAGGCCGCCAAAGCCUCCGCUGCGGAGAUCGAGGAAGCCAAGAAAAUGAUUGUUCUUUUCGACUCGCUCCAGCUUGCACACAAGGUCAUUUUGAACAGUUUCUACGGCUAUGUCAUGAGAAAGGGUUCCCGAUGGUACUCCAUGGAGAUGGCUGGAGUGACUUGUCUUACUGGUGCACAUAUCAUUCAAAUGGCAAGAGAGCUUGUCGAACGAAUCGGCCGCCCCUUGGAGCUUGAUACCGAUGGUAUCUGGUGUAUGCUUCCAGGGUCGUUUCCCGAGGACUUUUCCUUCACCCUCAAGAACGGCAAGAAGUUGAAUAUAUCUUACCCUUGCGUCAUGCUGAACCAUCUUGUCCAUGGAAAGUACACAAACCACCAAUACCAGGCGCUUGUGGAUCCAGCAAACUUCAAGUACAACACCCACAGUGAAAACUCCAUCUUUUUCGAAGUUGAUGGGCCCUACAAGGCAAUGAUUCUUCCCACUUCAAAGGAAGAGGACAAGAACCUGAAAAAGCGCUACGCGGUUUUCAACCAUGAUGGCUCACUCGCCGAAUUGAAGGGAUUCGAGGUCAAGCGGAGAGGGGAGUUGAAGCUGAUCAAGAUUUUCCAAACCCAGAUCUUCCGGUUUUUCUUAGAAGGUUCUACACUUAGCGAAACUUACGCCGCCGUCGCCAAGGUAGCCGAUAGGUGGCUAGAUGUGUUGUAUGAGCAUGGUUCGACAUUGGCAGAUGAGGAACUCAUUGAUCUUAUCUCUGAAAACCGAAGCAUGACCAAGACGCUCGAAGAAUAUGGGAGUCAAAAAUCCACUUCGAUUACUACGGCAAGGCGACUGGCAGAGUUCCUGGGGGAACAAAUGGUCAAGGAUAAGGGCCUGAACUGCAAAUAUAUCAUCUCUUCGAGGCCCCGGAACACCCCUGUCACUGAAAGGGCAAUCCCCGUCGCCAUCUUUUCGGCAGAGGAGAGUGUAAAGCGAUACUUCUUGCGCAAAUGGCUGAAGGAAGACCCCGGUGAUAUGGAUCCUCGUUCGGUCAUCGACUGGGACUAUUAUUUGGAACGUUUGGGAUCUGUCGUGCAGAAGUUGAUUACAAUCCCGGCUGCUCUUCAGAAAGUCAACAACCCAGUGCCUCGAGUCGCUCACCCUGAAUGGCUACAACGACGUAUCAAUAUCAAAGAAGACAAGUUCAAACAAAAGAAGAUGACCGACUUGUUUGGAAAACAUGAGAAGAGCCCACUCACUGAUGUCUCGACAAAUAUCCUUGAUCAUCGGGUGCAGCAUGUAGGUGAUAUGGAGGAUGUGAUAGCAAGCUCGGCAGAGAAGCUCAAUACGACCACUGCCACGAAGCCAGCACAGAAAAGAAAGCUGCCAGAAGGCCUUUCUCGAACGGCACUCGAUCCGUACGCCAGUCUACCUGCGAAAAUGCCGUCGAUAACAGAAGACUACGCUGGGUUUCUCAAGUAUCAAAAACAAAAAUGGAAAAUCCAGAGGCAGGCUCGAACGCGCCGCCGACAGCUGUUUGGAGAGCGAUCAAAUGCUGCUUCUGAUUCACUGAGCAACUUCUUCAGAAACCAGGCAGAGAUGUUGUACAUUAGUACUUGGCAAAUUCUGCAGCUUCGCGACACCGAUCGACCUGGAAUUGUGCGAGCUUCAGUCCUCAUCGAUCAGAAGAUCCAUACAUUGACGGUCAAAGUUCCACGCCAACUCUUCCUGAACUUGAAAAGAGACUCCUUGCCUGACGUGGAGAUCCCUGACUGCGAAGUAGAAAAAGUCAACCAUACAUUGCCGAAUGGACAUCCCUCAGUCCACUUGUUCAAGCUCACUCUUCCCGAAGAAACAUUCUUAAACGAGGCUCCAAAGAUCGAUACCCUUCUACAGCAUCCAAGUGUUGAAGGUGUCUACGAGAGACAUAUCCCGAUGAGUGUGCGAGCGCUGCUGAAACUGGGAAGCAUUUGCACAUUUGAUGAAAGCAAACGUGGAGUUCUAGGCGAGGGACUUGAUCGAGGAUUCGAUCUCUCUGCACUUCUCCACACGUCAUCCGAUGUACCUUAUCUGACGGAUGCACGUCUUGCCUACCUUUACUUGUACCAUGUUGCCUCUGGUGACCGACAGAUAUUCGCACUAUUCUCAACCACUAAGCACGAGGCGCACAUCAUAAUCCUCAAUCGCACACGCGAGGUCCAGGGCUUGCCCAACGUGGAUAAGAUCUAUACGGAAUUGCUCAUGCGCAAGAUGCAAACCACACCUGCGGAUUCAACACAGAACGCCUUCGAAUACCAGGAGAAGAUCCAUUUCAAGACAACCCAGGUGCUGACUAGACGAAAAGCCUAUCUGGAAGUUGGUGAUCUGAUAAAGAAGCUCUCUAGUGAUGAAACUCUGCCUACUCUUCUGGUCAUUCAGUCGCAGCAUAGAAGUCGCUUGUGUCAUAACAUUCCUAUACUGAAGGAUUAUCCAAUUCUGCCAGUGAAACCCGAAGUGACCGACAUGGAUCUGCCACCACUUGGGUGGCAAUCCUUCAUUGCUAAACGCCUUGUCACACACUACCUCUAUCUGUCUGCAUGGAUUCAGCAUCUGACCUUGUUAGCGCGAUAUGGUGACGUUCCACUCUGCAACCUUGAAAGCGAUGAUCCUCGAUAUCUUAUCGACAUAUCCUACGCGAGACGCCUUCAGCAGAACAAUGUGGUUCUGUGGUGGUCUACCGGGCUGCGUCCUGAUCACGCUGGUUAUGAGAAAGACGACGUCCUCGGACCCUUGGAGAGAGUUGAUAUGCCGUCAAUCAAUGUCCCUGGUGCAUACCCGACUGUGUGCAUCGAAUUGGAUAUCCGCAAUCUCGCUAUUAAUACAAUUCUGACAUCCUCAUUGAUCAAUGAUGCAGAAGGUAGCGAUUCGCUACUCGCUUCUUCCGGACCAUCUGGUGAACCGAGCGGCUCAGGGAUUCUGUACUCGGAAAAGGCGUUUGCAUCUGCCGGUGCCAUUGUUCUCCGUGAAAUGGUGAAGAACUGGUGGACUGAGGCUUGUGCCGGUAACAGCAUGGCCGACAUCAUGGUUCAACAUCUUAUCCGAUGGGUUGAGAGCCCGGUCUCCUGCCUCUACGAUCGAUCAUUGCACCAUUACGUACGAAUGCUAUCGCGAAAAUCUUUCCAGCAGCUGAUGGCGGAGUUCAGACGUGUCGGCUCAAACAUUGUCUUUGCAAGUCCCACACGGCUCCUCCUGCAAACGACCAAGGCCGAAGUAGGCAACGCUUACGCGUACAGCCAGUACGUACUCAAAUCCAUUCGCGGCAAUCCAUCAUUUCAUUUCAUCGAUCUUGAGAUCAAGGAAUACUGGGAUUACCUGGUCUGGUACGACGAGUACAAUUAUGGGGGCCAGGGGUGCAAGGAAGUGGUCGAGUCCGAAGAGCAAGCGCUAGACACGAUCAUGCACUGGCAACUCAGCCGGACUCUGCCUGCGCCUAUGCAAACCAUCUUCCACGACUGGGUGGUCGAAUACAUCGAGUUGAUGCAUGGUCUCAAGCGACCCGAUGGCUCGCCAGGCGAGAACACAUCGACGCCCCGGAUGACUCAGAUUCCUAUUGGACGCCCGAGUGAAGCAGAGAGCGAUGAAAUCACCUCGAUUCUCACUGAUCGUUUCUCCAAACCACUGAAGAAGCAGAUCUCCGGUUUGAUCCGUCGACAACGCGAUGAGCUUCUCCACCCCGAACUCGCAUCGGACUACGCAUUCCCUGUUCUCCCGGGUGUGCUUAUUGACCCCAACGAGGACAAGCGCAAUCCUCUCUUAGAGUUGGUGAAAAUGCUGAUGCAGGUGCUGAGUCUGUCGAAGAUAACGACGUUGGAGACCCGACUACUCCGCCGCGAGUUACUCGCCUUGUUCGAGGUCCGAGAGUUCAGCAAGGAGGGCCGAUUUGAGAACCCGAGUGCCAGUUUGAAACUUCCCGAGCUGACCUGCAAUGCCUGUUGUCUGAUUCGGGAUCUUGAUCUCUGUCGAGAUGAAGACUUGUUGCCUGAUCUCGGGGAACAGGCCAGUAAAGCGCCAAAACCCUGGCGCUGUCCCUUCUGCCAGACCGAAUACGACCGACUCGCGCAAGAACAAAAUCUGAUCGGACAGGUGCAUGCAUUCAUUGUUGCUUGGCAGACGCAGGACCUCAAAUGCUCAAAAUGCGGCACUCUCAAAGUCAAUGACUUUAUGGACCACUGCUCGUGCAGCGGGCUCUGGGUUGAAACGCUUGACCGGAGCAAUAUCGCCAAACGACUUCACAUCAUGGCCAGCGUGGCCAAAUUCCACGGUCUCAAAUUACUCGAAGGAGUGGUCUCGGAUGUUCUGAGCCGGAUGUGA